AUGUCAAACAUAAGCAGCCCUAAUCUAAGCUCGGAUGAAUUCGAUGAGAACGAGGUUCCCGAUAACGCCCUGAAGGGUCUACUUCAAAAAGAACUCGAACUUCAACUCUUGAUUGACGCCCUUCAAACCGAAAUUGCACAACUCGAAGAACGUAAUAAUGGUGGCAAAGAUAAAGGCAAUCAAGAAGAGUUAGAUGAAAAAGAUCUCGAAGAGUUCGAGGCACCGGAAUGGUGUGUGCCUAUCAAGGCCAACGUAAUGAGCUAUGAUUGGGACUCAUUAGCAGCAGAAACACAGUUUGACGUUAUUGUUGCCGAUCCACCGUGGCAGUUGGCCACCCAUGCUCCUACUCGUGGUGUUGCUAUUGCAUAUCAACAAUUGCCUGAUGUCUGUAUUGAAGAAAUUCCCAUCCCAAAGCUUCAAAAGAACGGCUUCAUCUUUAUCUGGGUGAUCAACAACAAGUACGCCAAGGCAUUCCAGUUGAUGGAACGAUGGGGAUACACGUAUGUGGAUGAUAUUACAUGGGUGAAGCAAACGGUUAACAGACGUAUGGCAAAGGGUCACGGUUACUACUUGCAACACGCAAAGGAGACAUGUUUGGUUGGAAAGAAGGGAGAGGAUCCGCCAAACUGUCGACGAUCGGUCGGUUCGGAUGUGAUCUUCUCGGAACGACGAGGACAAAGUCAAAAGCCAGAAGAGCUUUAUGAGCUAAUCGAGGAAUUAGUACCCGAUGGUAAAUAUCUAGAAAUUUUCGGUCGAAAGAACAACUUGCGCGAUUAUUGGGUUACCAUCGGCAAUGAAUUAUAA